UACCAGCCUUAUGAAUGCUGAUACAGAACUUGAGAUACUGCAAUUGAGAUUUCGAAUCCCGUUGGUGACGGCUUGUGUAAGAUUUUAUUGAGGCCCAACAAAAGCGGAUGAAAUGAUUGACCCGAUUCCCACUUCAAACAAACCUACGACUGUCCUUUGAUGCAGUGCAUGUGAGAGUUAAGUGAAACCAAUGGUACGUGAGGAAUGUACUGGGUGGUCCUGAAUGGCGAAAAUGUUUUUGGGCGUCUUCAAGAGAUGAAGAGUAAAUUAGGUCCAGCGAUAGACUAAGAAGAUGUUGAAGGGACUGGAAAGCGCCAGGAAUUACAUUGGAGUGGUGAAAGCCUGCAUCUUAGACUGGAGUGGCACCACUGCCGAUAAAUAUGUCCUCGCUCCAGCCGUCGUCUUUGUGGAGGUCUUCAAGAAACAUAAGGUGCCAAUCUCGAUGCGCGAAGCCCGAGGCCCCAUGGGACUGAGGAAGGAUCUUCAUAUCAAGGCUCUGACGGAGAUCCCGGAAAUCCGGGCCAGGUGGAAAGAGGUCUACGGCAAGGAACCCGACCAGAAUGACGUCGACAACAUGUUUAAAGAUUUCGUGCCGCUCCAACUCGGCUGUCUCCGCCAGUACUCGGAGCUACUUCCGGGCGUGGCCGACACGGUGAAAAGGUUGCAAUCCGACUACAAGAUUAAAAUAGGAAGCACGACGGGUUUCCUAAAGUCAAUGGUUGACGUCCUGUUGGAAGAGGCCAAGAAACAAGGGUAUGAACCCGAUGCUACAGUUGCCGGGGACGAGGUAGUCCACGGCGCUAGACCUAAACCCUUCAUGAUCUACCGGAAUCUGGACCUGUUAGACAUUCACCCGAUACAGUCCGUGGUAAAGGUGGACGACACGGUAUCAGGGGUGGGAGAGGCUAUUCAGGCCGGGUGCUGGGGGGUCGGGGUCUCCAAGUACAGCAAUUACAUGGAUAUUGACGACUUUGAGCACGAACGCUCACUAUCCCCCGACGAAAUUACGUCUCGUGUUGAGAAAUCUCGCGAUAUAUUGCGCCAAAGCGGAGCUCAUUACGUCAUCGAUUCUCUGGUCGACUUACCGGAGGUCAUCGACGAGAUUAACGUGAGGCUGUCAAAUGGCGAGAAGCCAUAGCCAUCAGCUUGAGGGAUCAGCGUCGGAUAGGAUUUACUUUUCUGAUUUUAUGUUCAUCUUUAGUUUUUAAUCAAAACAAUCUGAUGGUUAUAUCUGUAAUUACUUGACGUUAAGACGAGUUCUCCGUGUCAAUUAGGUUCUGCUUUUCAUUUUUCUUGAUAAUUUUCUGAAUGUUCUCCUUGCGGCUGUCAUGACUUAAUUGAAGUUAAAGGAGACAUCUUUGUUUCUUAAUAUACGGUUUAGGUUAGGUAACGACACAUAAUUGUACCGGUAUAUGAAAAUUUCUCAAACUUCUUUUUGAGGGGUAAAAAAGCUUUGAAGUACAGGUUUUUAUAGGCUCCAGUGAUCAGUCUGGACAUUGAGUAGCCUGCAGCAAUAACCAUAGGGCAGACAAAUAGGGUCGCUAAGCUUGCUCCACGAAGCCAGCUUAUUAAUACGUUAAAACGAUUUAUCAGUGUCAAUUAAAAACUGCAUAGUAAGAAAUAAACACAAGACUAUUUCAUGUAUCCUUUAAGACUAUUUUUCUAUGUUGUAUACAGCUGCGACAAUGAGUCUUUCCAUAAUUUGUGAAAUUCCAUUCAUUUCAUUUGUAUGAUCACGUAAACGAUCACAUGCUCUAUGCAUACAAUUAAAUGUCAACAAUUCUGUAAAUCGCUCACUCUUUGAAGUAAAACAUUACAUUCAUUUA